AGACACCUCACUGCCCGCCUGCAGCCACUCAAACACCACACGCCCGCCCGGCAGCGACGCAUGCCCCCCCCCCCCAACCAACCCCAUCAUCCAAAAGGGAACCUGCCAAUCUAAGCCUGGGGAACGGUCUGGCCGUUUGAAUCCCGGUCAACAAGCCGUCCCAAAAGUCCUGUUGUCGGGGUGUCGGCGUCAACCUGUGACUUUUCUCCCCGCCGUCCUGCUGCAGUGUCGACAAAGUGUCCUGCCUCUCGUUCAUUCCGCUUGCUUUCCUGGCACGCGACUCCUCCAAGUCGAGACAACAGGACUUACAUCCAUCUCGGCAGCUUAUCGCACACCGAUCGGCCCAUAGCGCACGCAGACAACCUACGCAGUACAGGCAUAAACAGGCGCUCAGUGCUCAAUCGAGGCGUCUUGGAUUGGAUGUGCGACUGCGACAGCAACUUGCUCCUCCCGCAGGGCGAAUUAUUCCACCUCCGACGGCGCACGCGACCCAAGCAACCCCCUCGUUGCUCGUUGUCUUUCUCCAGAGUCCAGCCUUCCAGCCUUCGCGAUUCAUAGUCUCGUCGUUCCAUCAGGUCGCGCUCCUCGUCCUCCUGUUCUCCGUUCCCUGCGCCGCCGUGUUGUUGUUCCGUCCUUGGUCUCGUCUCUCCUCUCCCCCCCCCCUCCCCUACUCACAUCAACCACCAUACGUACCAUUCCAUUACUCUGGACAUCCUUCUAGGUACCUCACGUCGCCUUCAUUGCGACAAACUCGGCCAUCACUACACGCCCGUUCUUUGUUCAGAGCGAGACAGACGACAUAUUUCUCGCUUGCCCGCAUGUCAUGACCUUGAAGGCACCAGAUGACUAGUACGGCAUCCACCAUAUACGCCAGAGAUUCCAAAAUGACACCGCCCAGCGACCCGAUGCACUCCGAGCCCUUGACUCUGGACACCCGCCUACCAAGAGCCGAGAGGGACCAAUCACUGCAAGAAGAAGAGGAGGGCAGGGCAACGGUCGAGUUGGCCAACAUCAUGACCACAGCUUCAAAUCCGGUAUCGCCGGGUUCGUCAAGCCCACCACUCGACCAGGCUGGCCUGCAAGAUUUCAUCCCACCCACCCGUCCAAGCAGCACCCCGUUUCCGCACGCGGAUCCUCGAAAUGCCACGAUGCGAAGAGCCACUUGUCCCGCCGAGGACCUGAUGGAUCUAGACGAGCCCGGCCACUGUCAACCGUCUGCCGGCGCUCUGCCCGGUCCGAGCCAAAGCGUUGGCGUUAACCUCAACCACCUCCCCGCCGAGAUCCACGAAUGCAUCCUCGACCACUUGUUCGGCUUCCGCAUUUCGCCAGCCUCAAAGAGCUCCAUUGUACGAUGGGGCACCGCACUGAGGCACUCGCGCCGAAGGGAACUGUCAGAGUUAUCGUUGGUCAGCAGUGUAUGGAGGAUCCUGAUCCAGGAGCGACUAUAUCGGCACAUCAAGCUCAAGGCCACGAUCGAAUCAUUGCGCGGCUCGUUUUCCUGGUUCUGCCAGAACCCGCAUUUGCGCUGCUACGUCAAGCACAUCGAGGUCUGGUUUCCCGUCUUCCAGCCAAAGUAUGGUCCCUUGGCAGUCUCCAACACCAAUGUUUUGCCUACCGUCACUGCCGAUGGCUUGACCAAUGCGACCUACCUAUUACCGGGCAACAAUUGCUCCCUAGAAGAGGCCUUCUACUUCGUCGCCGAGACCUUUCCUGAAGUUUCCGUCCUUACCCUGGAAGGUGGCGAAAGAAAGAAGGCGCCGAAAGUGCGACAUUGGAUUCGGGAAGAACGCGGGCAGCUUAGGGCGAUGCCCAAGGUCGAAACCAUUCGGACACUGAUCUGCAAGGGACAGUGGAACCUGAUCAGGAGCCUGCAAGACUGGGAAGCCAUCAUGUCGGCUCUCCCCAACUUGCAGGAAUGGCACGGUUCCUACAGUAAGCCCAAGUCCAAGAGUUAUCUCACCAUGGCCGAAGUCCUUGGGCAGCCCAUGAGCCUGUCCACCCUCAAUCUCUGCAUUGAAGGCGAUUAUCGGCGAGAACUAUCCUUUCCCCAUUACUUCAACAAAGUCAGGACAAAGGUGCAUUUCUGCUCGACCCUAGCACAAGCUGCGGCAUUACCUUCUAUGGAACACUUUUCUUACACGGGAAGGGUUUGCAAACAGUUUUUCAUCGACCUGGCACACCGGUUGAAGGACAUCCGGAAUCCACGUCUCAAAUCGAUCGAUAUUACAGUCAAGAACUGCUGCCGAAACGUGGCACACUGGAACGAAUCUGGGUCGGGAAUCACAGACAUGUUUUUUAUCAAGGCGUUUGAGGCUCUGGUACUCGCGGGUAUCCGCUCUUUGGAGAAGCUGACUUCGGUUAAAUACCUGCGCAUACGCUAUGUCGACCUCGAUUCUCCCGUUCCCCCGUUAAAUCCCUACUUCCAGUUACGCAACGGUUGGGCAUCCGGUGUCUGGAGCGAGGUGAUUGUUAGCGAACUCAACCGCGUCCGGCCCUCGGUGCGCUUCGAGGAAUUGUCCGAGUCGUUUGGUGAGGUUGGCUACAGCAAAGAUGGCAGGAUGGUCAUAAACCCUGACUUUCCCAGGGCCAGGGCUCUGUCGCUGAAGUUGUCCAACUAUCGUUUGCUGAGCGGUGGCAUUUCCAUUUCCCAUUCAGGCUGAAUGGUUGUUGCGGCUCGGUACCCAAUUUGCCCCUGAUUAGCAUAAAGCCCCAAAGAUAUACUGUAUCUUUUACAUGGGAAGGUUUGAUUUUGUUUUGUCUUGAUUCUCGUUUCGAAAGCAUGGCGUUUUGGUUCCAAAGUUGGGGCCUCCCCCUGAUAUCAAGGUAUGCCACAUAGGCAGGCGGGAAGGCGGAUCUUGGUUGGGGGUUAAAACAUGAGGAUAAUGGUCGGACGGCACCGGCGUCAAUAUGGGAAUCCGAUAUCCUUAACAUGUGUCUUAGCAUAACAACAGAUCUUACUAUUAGGUCGCGGGACUUGGAGGGCAGAGUACCCUGAGGUGGCAACACUCGCGCAGAGAUGGCAUAUCAUUGUUAUCAAUCUAAAUCUUGUCUACAGACUAAGCGGCGUUAGCUGUGUCAAUUGAAAUCGUGUG